GGAAGAAGCUUCCAAUAAUUUCAAAAAAUCCAAGGUCUGCUAAAAGAGGAUUCAACAGAGUGCCCUCUAAGGUCCUUGGUUUUUUAAAAAUACUCCACAAUUGGAAGCAUCCCAAUUGGGCAAUCUGCCUUUACUAUAAAAACCAAACUUCUCAAGCAUUUGGAACACAUUAUUUAGUUCAUUAAUUACUACAGUACUUCAGGUAAGAUACAUACUUGAGUGAAAAUGGUAUCCCGAUUAGCAUUAUUAUCCUCAAUGAUGUUGUUACUAGCAGUGGGUACCAAUGCUGGUGGCAUUGCAAUCUACUGGGGUCAAAACGGGGGUGAGGGUACCUUGGCUGAGACGUGCUCGACAGGGAACUACGAUUUUGUCAACCUUGCGUUUCUUGCAACCUUUGGAAACAGCCAGACACCAAUGAUUAAUCUGGCAGGUCACUGUGAUCCAUACAGCAAUGGCUGCACCAAGUUAACAACCGACAUUAAAUCAUGUCAAGCGAAAGGAGUCAAGGUGAUGCUCACUCUUGGAGGAGCAGCCGGGAGCUACUAUCUAACCUCUGCCGAAGAUGCCAAACAAGUAGCCACUUACCUCUGGAAUAACUUCUUAGGUGGCCAAUCAUCCACCCGUCCACUUGGUGAAGCUGUUUUGGAUGGAAUUGAUUUUGAUAUCGAAGGAGGAACCACCCAACACUGGGAUGACCUGGCAAGGUAUCUUUCUGGUUACAGCAGUCAAGGAAAGAAGGUAUACUUGACAGCAGCUCCACAGUGUCCUUUCCCGGAUGCGUAUAUUGGAACCGCUCUUAAAACAGGUCUGUUUGACUAUGUUUGGGUUCAGUUCUAUAACAACCCUCCUUGUCAGUACUCUGGAGGUAUCACUAACCUUGAAGAUGCAUGGAAGCAGUGGACUAGUGAUAUACCAGCAGCCAAGAUUUUCUUGGGGCUACCAGCUUCGCCUACGGCUGCCGGAAGCGGAUACAUCCCUGUUGGUGACCUUACUUCUAAAGUGCUUCCAGCAAUCAAAAGUUCUUCAAAAUAUGGAGGAGUUAUGUUAUGGGAUAAGUAUCAUGAUGAUCAAACUGGUUACAGUUCUUCUAUCAAGAGCCAUGUCUAGAGUGUAAAAUCUGGUUGUAAAAAUGUUACUUGUGUCAAUCGGUCAAUCCUGUAUGUGAGUAUUAUAUACACUUAUAUGUUUGUCCUUC